AUGCGGUUUUAUAGAUCCCCAUCUCUUCUCUUGUUGUGCAUCUUCUCUGUUCUGCAGGCGUCCGCCGGAUUAUCCUUGAACUGCCGAUGCAUGCCCGGGGAUAGUUGUUGGCCGUCCUCGGAUGACUGGGCCCGCUUCAACACAUCCAUUGGAGGCCGAUUAGUGAGCACGCAACCACUGGCAAGCCCCUGUCAUGACCCAUUCUAUAACGCCAGUGAGUGUCUUGCUCUGAGACAACAGUGGACAAAGCCAGAGCUCCACGAUGAUUCAUCUUCUUCCAUUAUGGCAGCUUCUGUGGCCAAUGAAACCUGUGAUGCCUUUGGUCCCCGAUCGAAACCCUGCACCCUGGGUGCGAUGGUGCGCUAUGCCGUCAAUGCCAGCUCUCCAGACGACUUUGUGAAGACCAUUCGAUUCUCCCAGGAGCGAAAUAUCCGUCUGGUUGUUCGCAACACAGGCCAUGAUUAUUUGGGGAAGUCAACAGGUGCAGGCGCACUAUCUAUCUGGACCCAUUCUCUCAAGGAUAUUAAAUUCCUGAACUAUACUAGUUCGCAAUAUACCGGACCGGCUGUUCGGCUGACCGCGGGUAUUCAAGGCGGGGAUGUCUACGAUGCCGCCCACAAGAAAGGGCUAGUGAUCGUAGGCGGCGAAUGUGCCACUGUAGGCCCCGUUGGUGGUUACACACAGGGAGGCGGUCAUUCGGCUCUAAGCUCCCGAUACGGCCUUGGGGCAGACCAGGUCUUGGAAUGGGAGGUUGUGGAUGGGAUGGGGCGAUUGCUCACUGCAUCACCCACCCAAAACCCAGAUCUGUACUGGGCUCUCAGUGGAGGUGGCGCAGGUACAUACGGUGUUGUAUACGCCAUGACCGUCAAGGCAUUCCCCGACUUCCCCGUCACGGGCGUUGUUCUCCAAUUCGAGAACAAAAAUCCCUCAUCGAACCGCUACUUUGAAGCUAUAGGCCACUACCAUCGUCACUUGCCCACAUACACCACGGCUGGCGGGAUGGCAAUUGCACAGAUCACAAACUCGUCAUUCCUGCUCACCCCUCUGACACUGCCUGAUUAUACUGCAGCAAAGGCUAAGAAAUUGGUGGCGCCCUUUUUGGAAGACCUGCACAAACUGAACAUCUCUUAUACUUUGAACAUCACCCAAUCGCCCUCGUAUUACCAGCAUUAUAUGGAACUGAUUGAGCCAAACCCAACACAAUUGGUGCAAAACGGGCAAUAUGGUGGUCGUCUCCUCCCGAUUGACCUCAUCCAGCGCAACAACUCGCAGCUCACGGAUGCGGUCAAGAAAAUCACCAUGGACGGGGCUGCGUUUGUGGGCAUUGGCAUGAAUGUCUCGUCAUCUGUGACCGGCAAUGUCUGGAAUUCAGUUCUGCCUGCAUGGCGUACAGCAGCAAUGACUGUAAUUUUGUCUACUAACUGGCCCGCCGGUGCCAAUCUCACCGAAAUGAAAACUCUGGCCGACAAAAUGACGGACAAAUGGGUGCCUAUUCUGACAGACUUGAGUCCAGAUUCGGGUUGUUAUAUGAACGAGGCUAAUCCCCUACAGCCAGACUGGAAGCAGACCUUCUACGGUCGCAACUACAAUUCGCUGUACGCGAUCAAGUCCAAGUAUGACCCAUUGCGGACAUUCUAUGCCCCGACCGCAGUGGGCAGUGACGACUGGCAAGUCGAGGCUGGUGGUCGUUUGUGCCAGGCCGCCUAA